AUGCUUAAAAAUAAAUUUCCUAACUGUCUAAAUCAUUCAUUAUUUGAAUGGAUAAAUUUAAUAUCAAAUGUUUUUAUUCCACUGAUUAUUGGUAUAUUAACAAUUGUUCUUCCAGUACAACAAGAAAAUUUAAAUGAACAUCAACAUGAAAAUUCAAAAACAAUUGUAUUCAAUAAUCGUUUAAGCUAUAUUCAAUCAUUACAUGAUGAACAAUAUCAAAAUAUAUUAAAUAUUUAUCAACAAGAUUUAAUGAAUCUUAUUCUUAAAUAUGAUUUUUCAAAUAAUUCUAUUGAGAAUGAACGUAUUUUAUUAAUUAUUCGAACAAAAACUUUACAUGUACUAAGACAACUUGAUCCAGUAAGAAAACUUUCUCUUAUACAAUUAUUAAUUGAUAGUGGUAUUCAAUAUCGAAUUAAUAUAUCUCAUGUAGAUUUAUCAUCAUUAAUUUUUCCUCCAGGAUCUUUUUAUAAUCAUUUACAAUUUAUUAAUAUUCUAGCAAGAAAUAUAUCAUUAAAAAAUAUUUAUUUAUUUCAAAGUAAUUUUUCAUAUUCAAUUUUAGACGAUUCAUUAUUUCUUAAUUCAAAUUGUUCAUAUGCAGAUUUUCGUUAUGCAUCAUUACAAAGAACAGAUUGGACGAAUACAGAUGUUACACAAGCAAUAUUUAAUUAUACAAAUUUAUAUCAAGCAAAACUAACAAAAGAACAAUUAGCUAAAGUACAAAGUUUACAAGGUGCUAUACUUCCGAAUGGUUCAACUGUAGUUGCUUAA